AUGCAGAAUAGUGUCCCUUUCAGAUCCCGACAUACCUACUUUACAGCGUUGAGAUUAUGUAGUCCAGAGCGACUAUAUGUUGGCGAUGUACCAAGACAGGAACAAGUACGAAGAGUGUCGGACCGACCGAGACCCAAAAGUGCCCGUUAUAUCCCGAAAUCAGCAGGAUCUCAAUCGAAGGCUGCUCCUUAUUCGAUCCUCAAGGCACAAGCAGCUGUUCACAUAAAAAAGGAGGUGGCCAAAGAUGCCGUACUGGGUGAGAUUUGUAAGGUCAAGCGGGAGAAAGAGUUGGAAAUGGAGGAGAAACUGAGAGAGCUCGAACAAAGGGAUAUAGAAGAGGUUGAACAGGUAUUGUAG